CGCUAGUAUAGAGCUUGGGCUUGAGUUAUAGUUAACAAGAGGACAACACCCGUUGGCUCUUAAAUAUGUAGAGAACUGGGCAUUGCUAGUUGGAAAUAUGUCAGUUUCCGGAAGGAAAUUUGUAAUUCAAGGGUCUGUAUUGCGCUAGACCCAAUUAAAUAACUUUCCCAUCCCGCGUCCCGUCCGUCCACGGAUAGCUCCCUCCUUGAGACUCCGUUGCGGCGCAUCAUCUAGUUCAUAGAAGACAGAUUAGACCGACGCGGGACAAAGACUCCUCUCUGAUCUAUCGGUCUUUCUUUUUAGCGGCGGUGUCUCUCUAUCUUAAUCCACUUAAUUCUUUGAUUUAUUAUACCCGAACACACCUUUACAAGCGAUGGAGGAGACAAUUACAUCGGCCGUUGCACUUCCCGAGCAGGAAGAAAGCUCAGAUAGCAGGCCAAAGCGCCGCCAGUCCCCAGCGGACGACAAUGAGAGCAAACGUCGCCGGCUGAGCGCAGACAACGAACAUCUCGAACCCAAGGAGAACCAAACAUCCUCCCCGACAGCCACGACAUCUAAAAGCAUCAGUAAUGCCACAGACCAGAGGGAUGCCCGACGGAAGAGUGGCGUAGCGGAGGAGCGCAAGCGUGGUCAAAGAUUGUUUGGCGCGCUGCUGGGUACACUCUCACAGAGCUCAUCUACAGCAGCACAGAAACGACGCGCCGAUAUCGAGAAGAAACAACAGGCAAAACUCCGUAUGCAGGAGGAAGAGUACAAUAGACUGACACGGAAGAAGCAAGAAGAUCUCUUGGCGAUGCGAAAGAAGCAACAGAGAACUUAUGAUGCGCAGUCGAUGCGUCUCCGACACUCGAACCAGCUAGCCAUGGCUCAUUUCCUCAAAACAACAACUGAACCAGUUCUUUACUAUAAGCCAUGGGAACUUCGACCUGAGGAAGAAGCCAGGAUUGAGCAGCAAAUCGAAGAUUGCAAAGCGGCCAUCGCGAGGGAAGUCGAGGAGUUUGAAGCCAAAAAUCCACCAUCGCCCUCCGAUCCUGUACCGGAGCAAGGUGACAACCAAAGAACCGUUACAGAUUCAAUAAGCUCAGCCGUGCUUCCAGGGAAUAAUACGCUUUCUGAUACUCAGGACACAGUACAUUUAAAAUCCGACACGGUGGGUGCUGACAAUAAUAGUAAUAACAACCCUCCUGAACUUGACCAUAAACCUAAGCCAACCACAACUACUAAAUCUGAAUCUCCAAGACACAUCCCUACUCUUACUGCCCCAACUACCUCUGACCAUCCUACUGUUUCUGAUGCUACUAACGAACCUUCAUCCCCUACUAAAACUCACAACGACCACCCAUCCACUGCUAGCGUUAGCCACCAUCAGAAGUCAACUGAAGAUGAUUCGGGAGAAGUCAUGCUGGAAGACAAGGAGGAUACUGUUAUAUAUUAGACUAAAUUUGCUUCAACCUUCUCGGGCAGCAUAUGCGUUCAAUUUCCUCAAUUUUUGGUCAUAUAUACCCCACGGAGCACCCCUCUUCGACACUUGUCCUCCAAAGGUUCCCCCAAUACCCUCUGUUCGUUCUCCUUUACUCCACCUUCCGGCAAACUUUCCACGUUACCCUGUAAAUCGAUCAAGCAACUUCGCCUUCUCGCUUGCACCCCCUUAUUCCCAUCGGUCACCUUUUUCCUGCAUUUCUUUUUUUCUUUUU